CGCAAUAGGCGCUGACAGCCGUGAAUAGAUGUGGAGGGUGAGUGGGACAUUGGGUUGUGGAUAAACAAGACGAGUGUGAGUGGACUUAAUCUAGCUGGUGACGUUUCUCAUUCCCUCUAAUUGAAUAUUAAACGUCACAUUUUAAGGAAGAGUUGGAACAUCUAACAAUGACGACCUUCCUGGAGUUUAUUCAGCAGAAUGAAGACAGAGAUGGUGUACGAUUCAGUUGGAAUGUUUGGCCAUCAAGCCGCCUGGAAGCCACUCGAAUGGUGGUCCCGGUAGCCUCUCUAUUCACACCACUAAAAGAAAGGCCUGACCUACCCCCUAUACAGUAUGAACCAGUGCUCUGCAGCAGGACAACAUGUAGGGCAGUGCUGAAUCCUUUGUGCCAAGUGGAUUAUCGAGCAAAACUUUGGGCUUGCAACUUUUGCUACCAGCGAAAUCAGUUCCCACCUACAUACGCUGGUAUUUCUGAAGUGAAUCAACCCGCCGAGCUCCUGCCGCAGUUUUCCAGCAUUGAAUAUGUUGUCCAGAGAGGUCCCCACAUGCCAUUGAUCUUUCUUUACGUGGUGGAUACUUGCAUGGAAGAUGACGACUUACAGGCUUUGAAGGAGUCAAUGCAGAUGUCUCUCAGCUUGCUGCCACCUACAGCCCUGGUGGGGUUGAUCACUUUUGGACGGAUGGUUCAUGUGCACGAAUUGGGUUGUGAAGGCAUCUCCAAAAGCUAUGUUUUCCGAGGGACCAAGGAUGUGUCUGCGAAACAGCUCCAGGAAAUGUUGUCACUUACAAAACCAGCUGCUACUCAGGUAGGACGUGGGCCGCAAGUUCAGCAACCUCCACCUUCCAACAGAUUCUUGCAGCCAGUACAAAACAUAGACAUGAAUCUCACUGACCUGUUGGGAGAGCUGCAGCGGGACCCCUGGCCAGUCACACAAAGCAAGAGACCUCUGAGAUCGUCAGGAGCUGCUCUUUCCAUAGCUGUUGGGCUUCUCGAGUGUACCUUUCCGAACACUGGUGCUCGGAUUAUGAUGUUUAUUGGAGGUCCAGCCACACAAGGUCCUGGCAUGGUAGUGGGAGAUGAGCUAAAGACACCUAUCCGUUCCUGGCACGACAUUGAAAAAGACAAUGCUAAAUAUGUCAAAAAAGCAACCAAGCAUUUCGAAGCACUUGCAAACCGUGCUGCUGUGUCCGGCCAUGUGAUUGACAUCUACGCUUGCGCGCUGGAUCAGACUGGGCUCUUGGAAAUGAAAUGCUGCACAAAUCUUACAGGUGGGUACAUGGUGAUGGGAGACUCCUUCAACACCUCCCUUUUCAAACAAACAUUUCAGAGGGUAUUUACCAAGGAGGCACAGGGCCAAUUCAAGAUGGCGUUUGGCGGCACCUUAGAAAUUAAGACCUCAAGAGAACUGAAGAUUUCGGGAGCUAUUGGGCCUUGUGUGUCUCUCAAUGCCAAGGGACCAUGUGUAUCUGAAAAUGAGAUCGGUACCGGUGGAACUUGUCAGUGGAAAAUCUGUGGGCUCAGUACAUCCACAACCCUUGCUGUAUAUUUUGAGGUCGUCAACCAGCACAAUGCUCCCAUUCCACAAGGGGGACGUGGUGCAAUCCAGUUUGUGACACAGUACCAACACUCCAGCGGACAGAGACGGAUCCGUGUAACCACCAUUGCAAGAAACUGGGCCGAUGCUCAGACACAGAUCCAAAACAUCGCAGCGUCUUUUGAUCAAGAAGCCGCAGCUAUACUCAUGGCCAGGCUGGCGGUGUACAGGGCGGAAACCGAAGAAGGUCCUGAUGUCCUAAGGUGGCUGGACAGGCAGCUCAUUCGACUGUGUCAGAAAUUUGGAGAAUACCACAAGGAUGACCCCAACUCUUUCCGGUUUUCAGAGACUUUUUCUCUCUACCCGCAAUUUAUGUUCCAUUUGAGGAGAUCCCCGUUCCUUCAAGUUUUUAAUAACAGUCCGGAUGAAAGUUCCUAUUACAGACAUCACUUCAUGCGUCAAGAUCUCACCCAGUCCUUGAUAAUGAUACAGCCUAUUCUGUAUUCCUACUCCUUUAGCGGACCACCAGAGCCUGUGUUGCUAGACAGCAGCAGUAUUCUCCCUGAUAGGAUCCUCUUGAUGGACACAUUUUUCCAGAUUCUUAUUUAUCAUGGCGAGACUAUUGCCCAGUGGAGAAAGGCCGGCUAUCAAGACAUGCCAGAAUACGACAAUUUCCGUCACCUAUUGCAGGCCCCGCUGGAUGAUGGGCAGGAGAUUCUCCAGUCGCGCUUCCCAAUGCCUCGCUACGUAGACACCGAGCACGGAGGCAGUCAGGCUCGUUUCCUGCUUUCUAAAGUGAAUCCAUCCCAGACCCAUAACAACAUGUAUGGAUGGGGACAGGAGUCUGGAGCGCCCAUUCUUACAGAUGAUGUCAGCCUUCAAGUUUUUAUGGAUCAUCUGAAGAAAUUAGCGGUUUCCAGCGCUGCUUAAUCGCUUACACCAUGUGACCUGGGCACGACACUUUAUCCAGCAUGCUGCUGCUUCUCCCGUCUCCUUCAGGUUGUCAUUGGGCCCCGUUUUGAGCACAUAGGACUGGAUAUAACUGCUUUGGACGCAGCAGAAAUUACGGUCUUGCCCUAUAGAUAUUAGAGCAAAUUUAUCACAAUAAGGAUUUUUAAGUGUUUGGAGCAAAAAGAACAAAA